AUGAGGACCCUUGCUGCCGUAGGCCUACUGCUGUGCCUGGCCCUGUGCUGGGACCAGCUCAACGCCCAGUGUCCCGACCCGGCCACUCUCAAAGACGUGAACGGUGCCAAGGUCUGCGCCCGCAUGUUCAAGGACAGCCACUACGUCUACGCGGAGAGUUGCGGCGGCGACAGCUUCGACGUACCUCCAGGUGCGGACAUUCCCGAGAUGCCUUUCAGCUGGAACAACCGCGUGUCUUCUCUGGUCGUCGGCAGGGGCUGCAACCUCUCCGUCUGGUCCCGCGGCAAGAAGGAGGGCAAGAGGCGCAAGUUUGGUGCCGGCAUCCAGUACCGCCUGAAGGACGUCCAACAGGGGCUGUUUGGCGACUGGGACAAUUCCAUUUCGGCGUACUACUGUGUCUGCUAGAAGCAUGAAGGACGGACCUGGCUGAUAUUGUAGAAGAAAACCCAACUUAAGUCUGCUAGAAGCAUGGAGGACAUGAGUGAUGU